UUUUGUAAAAUACGAGAAAAACAAUACCUAAAGUAGGAAAAGGGAAUAAUAUAUAUCAUAGAAAUUAAAAAUGAGUGGUUUUGGUGGAAGCAAUGGAUUCACUUUUGUGGCUAUACUAUGUUGGUUUAUGAUGAUAUUUAUACUAUCGGGUCCAGAAAUGAUACUGGUGAAUGGGGAAGCAAACGAUAAUAAUAAUAAAAAUGUGUUUUAUGGACCGGUGGAGCCGUACUGUUUGCGACCAACGAAACCACAUUGUCUCACAGAUAAGGAGUGCGAAGUGGGAUGUGCGAAGUAUCAUAGCUGGUUGCUAUGGCUCCAAGCAAUCACUCCUUAUGUUCAAUUUUCUGUCUCGCACCAUUACGCUUCCCAAUUCUUCUCUCUAUCUUCAAUUUCCAUCCUAGAGAUUUACGUCUACAAAGAAGCUGAAUCGUCAAGCAAUCAUCUCAUCACCGACUCAUCAUAUCUCUUGGUAGGUUGCUAUGGCGAAGGAUAAUUCUGCAUCUGAUGGCCGUAAUUCCGCCUGCUCGACGUCGCGAUCCGUUGCCGCCGCUGAGAUUUCCUUCUCCGGCGGAUCCUCAUCACCGAGCUACGGUUGCAAUCCGUUUCAAUCGCCGUCGUACGACUCAGCCGACUACUCAAGGAAGGAUUUCUCCUCGAUCUUCGAUCGCGAUUCUCGAUCUCCAUCUGAGACCUCGAUCAAUGAAGCCGAAGCAAUUCCGACUGAACGCCGGCUUUUCCAGGCCAAUUUCGUCCUCGAGUACCAGGAGCUGUACAAUCGCUACGCUCUCUGUCUCGCUAACCUCCACGAAUCUCUGGAGGAGGACAAUUCACUCCGUCGGGAGAACGAGGCUCUUCAUCUGGCCAACGUCGAUUUGGCCAACCGCCUGAGUCUCCUCCCUCAGCCAGCAAUCCAGAAUUGCCUCCUCUCCUAUUUCAGUCACCUCGGUAUAGGUGCUCGGGCCGCUCCUGUCCGCGGCGGCGCUCUCGUCGCGGAACCAAAACCUCCAAACGUCAGGCCACCGCUGAGAGCCACAGAGCAACACCGGCCAGAGAGAAGUGAUCAAGAGCUAGAGCAAGUCCAGCUCCCAAAGAGCAUUUCUGUUCGCUCCCGUGGCUACCAGAAACUUAAGCCGUCGCUGUCCACUAAUUUUCUGUUGAUAAUUCAUCAAUGGAUGUCAAUUCGAGUGGAGAAAACUUCAAUUUGAUGCCAUCUCGGUCUAUUGAUCUCUCCAAAUCAGGUUUCAUCACAGAUUGAAUAGAAUUCAGAACAUAUUCUUCAUUUGAGUUUGCCAUCUCCACUCCAUUUUCAUCACAGUUGAUCCAUAUUCAUCCUCUAU